AUCUCUGCUUUCUCGCCACUUUUUCCCAGUCUCGCGCUCACACAAACCCAGUGGGACAGAUGUGCAGUGUCACUCCUGGACUUUGUGUGUGUGUGUUAGUCCGGUUUUGCCUGGUUGUUUCCUCCAUGAUGUCCCGCUCGAGGUUGAUCCUGAGUGCGGUGCUCGCGCUGUGGGCGUGCGGCUCGUGCAGCCCGGGGCCGGUGGAGGACGUGCUCGUGGACUCAUACUCACGACCAAAGCGCUGCAUCAGAGAGGUGAAGAAAGGAGAUCUGGUGCGCUAUCACUACAACGCCACGUUUACUGACGGCAGACAGUUUGACUCCAGUUAUGACAGAGGCACAGCGUUCUUUGUAAAGGUUGGUGACGGACGUCAGAUUGCUGGAGUGGACAAAGGCAUUGUGGGAAUGUGUGUAAAUGAGCGCAGGAAGAUCACUGUCCCACCACAUUUGGCUUAUGGCAGUCAGGGAGCAGGUAACACCAUUCCCCCUGACUCAACUCUGGUGUUUGACCUCAUCCUGCUUGACAUCUUCAACAUGGCGGAUCGUGUAAAGACAGAGAUAAUAAAGACACAGCAGAACUGCACGCGCUCCGUCAAGAAGACUGAUUUUGUCCGAUUUCACUUCAACGGAAGUCUGCUGGACGGCACGCAUUUUGACUCCAGUUAUGAACGCUCUCAGACGCAGGAUAAUGUAGUCGGAGAUGGCUGGCUAAUUAAAGGACUGGAUGAAGGGCUGUUGGGGAUGUGUGUGGGGGAAAUCAGAAACUUCGUCAUCCCUCCAUUCCUGGCCUUUGGAGAGAAAGGAUAUGGGAAAGAGAUCCCUCCUCACGCCACGGUGAUAUACGACAUCCUGCUGGUGGACCUGCACAACCCGAAAGACGAUAUCACCGUGGAGAUCCAGGAAAUCCCUGAGCCCUGUACUCGCAAAACCAUCAUAGGAGACUACAUCCGCUAUCACUACAACGGCACCUUCCUCAACGGAGACGCCUUCGAUAGCAGUUACAAUCAUAACAGUACGUACAACACGUACAUCGGGCUGGGCUACGUGAUCACAGGGAUGGAUAAAGGACUGCAGGGGGUGUGUAUGGGCGAGAAGAGGAGGAUCAUCAUGCCGCCUCACCUCGCAUAUGGACAGCAAGGAGCAGGUAAGGAAAUCCCUGCCUCAGCUGUGCUGGUGUUUGAUAUUCAUGUGAUCGACUUCCACAACCCAAAAGACUCGGUGCAGGUGGACGUGAUGUUCAGGCCGGAGGUGUGUAACGAGACCAGCCAAGUUAACGACUACAUCCAGUAUCACUACAACUGCACACUGAUGGACAGCACACUGCUCUUCACCUCGAAUGAUUACAGCGUUCCACAGGACGUGCUGUUAGGAGGAGAUAAAGUGAUCAACGGUCUGGAUGAAGGUCUGAGGGGGAUGUGUGUGGGUGAGAGGAGGAUCAUCAUCAUCCCUCCACACCUGGGACACGGAGAGAGAGGAGCGGGGAGUGUUCCAGGCAGUGCUGUGCUGCGGUUUGAGGUUGAGCUCAUCUCCAUGCAGAAAGGUGUUCCUGAAGGUUACCUGUUUGUUUGGCUGGACGAGAUACCCGAGGAGAUUUUUGAGGCUCUGGACAUUAAUCAGGAUAAAGAAGUUCCACUGGAGGAGUUCUCAGAGUUCAUAAAGCGUCAAGUGGCAGAGGGUAAAGGUCGUCUGAAACCGGCCCAGGAUCCUGAAAGCGUCAUUGGAGACAUGUUUAAAAACCAGGACAGGAACGGAGACGGACGAAUCACAGCAGACGAACUGAAACUCAAAGUGGAGGAAGACGCAGAGAAAGAAAAAACUCGGCAUGAAGAACUGUGAGAGAGUCUCUCUCUCUCUCUCUCUCUCACACACACACACACACACACACACUCACACACACACAGUAAUCCCAUUCCUCUUAGAGAUGAAAACCACUCAGGAUUUUGUCUUUUUUCCAAAAGCAAAAAAACAGAACAGAACAGAUCAGUAACUAAAGUGUGCUUGCACUGUUUUUAAGUUAAAAAAUAAUGUGGCCUUCACUCUUCAGUCCAUACAGAUGGAAUGAGGAGACAGACUUUAUUUUUUUCAUUUUGUAUAAAAGUGUUUUGUUGACUCUGCAGUGUCGGUGGUUUUAUGUAAAAUGAUCUGAAUAAAUGACUUUUGGUGUGUAAAA